UAUCAGCGAAUCGCUAAAGAUGGUAGGUUUAUGUAGUUAUUUGCCAUAGAGUGCGUCUACAAUUAUAUGUAGGUGUCUAAUACAUCUGAGAACACCCACAAUCACCGGAGCAAACAGUAACUAGUCAUGCUUUCCCUGGGAUAUUCAUUGGCUGACCUUGUCUUUUAGGAUUUAACGUGAAAUACAAAGAGAAAAGGAUUGAAGGAGCUGACAAACAGCAACUCAGAGGUUGCGAAGGUUCGGACUAUCAUAUAUACAGUCAGCAUGACUACCAAAUUGUGUAUAAUCAUGUUGAUCAUAUGGGAUGACGAGGGUAUCGCAGAACAUGACGGCGCAUUGAAUGAUACCAAUAACUUGACACAUCUGGAUGCUUCAAACUCCACGCGUCAGCAAAACCCCCAGACUUUAGCUGAAACCCACCGGCAUAGCCCCAUGAUACAGGCAAACAAUGACUUGGCAUAAGUAAUCAUAGGAAAUUUCCCCUUCACUAGGGCGACUACCGUCGAACAGUCAUAGGGUUUAUCUCAGGCCAUGUAUCAUUACACCGCUACCAACGAAUAUAUAAACCGGGUCUCCCCCAGCCAUCCCAAGCCUCAAGGAGAGAACAGAAACCCACAUCUUCGAGCCUCCAUCAAUCUAUUGCACACAACCCAACCAACCAAACCCAAACCGACCACACACCCAAGCCUUAGUUACCUUAGGUACCUAGCUAGGCGUCUACCACCAUGAAGCGCCAGCACAUCGCCCUGCCGACCCUCCAAGUCGCCGCGGCAGCCUUCUUCGCGGCCUCCGUCCAAGCCGAGACGUACUGCGUAGACGGCGCCACCAAAGUCGUCGCCACGGCCGAGUGCGCCACCGACAACGCCAACGCACACGCCAUCGGCCAAUUCUUCCUCCACCAGGGCCCUCCCGGCCUGACCGUCGGCGACGUGAUCCCCCCUCCGGCCGAGCCGGGCCACGUCUCCGGAGGCUUCGGCCGUCGCUCCGCCGACAACUGCGACCCGGACAAGGACAAGAACUGCAACAGCGGCGGUUAGAUCACAUCACACCACGUCCGUCCGUCCGUCCGUCCGUCUAGACGUCUAGACGUCUAUCUAUCUACCUACCGGCCUUCCGUGCGUCCUGCCUACCUACCUACCUGGUAAGGAGGCUUAGUAGCGCGCGGUGUUUUCUUUGUACUGCUCAUCAUGCACACACACACACACACACACACACGAUCAAGCUCGGGUGUGGAAAAGGGGCUAUGUUCAGGGGUUUUAGGAGAAACGAGUAGGGUGUAUUUAGGGACAGGUCCUGCAAGGCUGAGGGAAGGUGAAGGGACUUUGUGCGAACUGGUACCGGGUCUAUGCAUAUAAUACAUAUGUAGGUAGGUGGUUAGUUGCCAGCACCUCGGGGUCUUACUCAGUUUGUGGUCUUUACGACAGCACGAAAUACACUCUCGGCGUAUCCUUAUUCUGACUUGUAGUCUUUACAGAUGCCAGUAAUUGUAUAGUUAGUGUAGUAUAAAUUGUGAUGUUGGAUUUCUUCCAACUAGGUAACUGAUGUCGCAUGCAGAAUACCUAGGC